AUGACCUCUACACUCACUGCCCUGCUCUACCUCGGGCUAUACCUGAGCCGGACCAUCAGCACCCAGAAGCAGAUUCUUUCGAAACCCAUCAUCUGGGCCAAGCCAGAUUUCAUGAUUCCGAAGGGAAUGCGAGUGUUGAUCUUAUGCCAGGGGACUCCUGAGGCCGUUGAAUACCAGCUGUAUUUUGAGGGACACCUCUCUGCCCAGCAGAGCCCAAAACAACUUGGGAGGAGGAACAUAGCCAUGUUCCGCAUCCCAGCCAUGACCCCGCUCACUGCAGGGCAAUACAAGUGCUUUUACCGAAGCAAGGAGCUCUGGUCAAACCCUAGUGACCCUCUGGAUCUGGUGGUAACAGAAAUGUAUGACACGCCCACCCUCUCCGUUCAUCCUGGGCCUGAGGUGACCUCAGGAAAGAACGUGACCUUCUACUGCCGACUAGGCACUGCAACCAACAAGUUCUUUCUGCUCAAGGAGGGAAGAUCUGGCCGCCCUCAGCACAGAUAUGGGAACACCCAGGUGGAGUUCCCCAUGGGUCCUGUGACCACGGCCCACAGAGGGACGUACAGAUGUUUUGGCUCUUAUAACAACCAUGCAUGGUCUUUCCCCAGUGAGCCUGUGAAGCUCCUGGUCACAGAAGGUGUUGGGGACACCAGCCUUGCACCCACAGAACACACCUCUUUUUCCGACCUUUGGGACCUCGACUUGUUAACCACAGAAGCAGAAUUCCAGCAAGACCUUGCCCUCUGGGAUCACACUGCCCAGAAUCUCCUUCGGAUCGGUCUGGCUUUCCUGGUCCUGGUGGCCCUCAUGUGCCUCCUGGCUGAAGACUGGCUUUGGAGGAAGAGGGCACAAGAGAAAGCCAACGGGGCUUCAAGUCAGGAACGCAGGAGAAGGUUCAGAACACAGAGACACCUGGACAAAUGACCGAGAGAUGUGCUGGCCACAGGUAGAGCU